AUGGAGGACAGGUACUACCCGGUGAUCUUCCCAGAUGAGAGGAAUUUCCGCCCCUUCACCUCUGACUCCCUGGCUGCCAUAGAGAAGCGUAUCGCCAUCAAGAAGGAGAAGAAGAAGAGCAAAGACACGACAGCGGCCGAGCCCCAGCCUCGGCCUCAGCUUGACCUCAAGGCCUCCAGGAAGCUACCUAAGCUUUAUGGCGACAUUCCUCAUGAUCUGAUCGCAAAGCCCCUGGAAGACCUGGACCCGUUCUACAGAGAUCAUAAGACAUUCAUGGUAUUGAACAAGAAGAGGACGAUAUAUCGCUUCAGUGCCAAGCGGGCGUUGUUCAUUUUGGGGCCUUUCAACCCUGUCAGAAGUUUAGUGAUUCGGAUUUCUGUCCAUUCGCUCUUCAGUGUGUUUAUCAUCUGCACGGUGGUCGUCAACUGUAUGUUCAUGGCCAAUUUUGGGGACAGAAUUUCAGACAUGGAAAUUUCUGAAUACAUCUUCACUGGGAUUUACAUUUUAGAGGCUGUGAUUAAAAUAUUGGCAAGAGGCUUUAUCCUGGAUGAGUUUUCCUUCCUCCGAGACCCAUGGAACUGGCUGGAUUUCAUUGUCAUUGGAACAGCGAUCGCAACUUGUUUUCCAGGUACCAAAGUCAAUCUAUCGGCUCUCCGUACCUUCCGAGUGUUCAGAGCUCUGAAAGCAAUUUCUGUCGUCUCAGGUCUGAAGGUUAUCGUCGGGGCCCUGCUGCGCUCUGUGAAGAAGCUGGUGGAUGUCAUGAUCCUCACGCUCUUCUGCCUCAGCAUCUUUGCCCUGGUUGGGCAGCAGCUCUUCAUGGGGAUUCUGAACCAGAAAUGUGUCAAGACCAACUGUGGCCCUAACCCUACGUCCAACAAGGACUGCUUUGUAAAGGAAAACAAUAGUGACAACUUCGUCAUGUGUGGCACCUGGUUCGGCAGUAGCUCCUGUCCCAGUGAUUCUACAUGCAACAAAACCUCAUUUAACCCAGACUAUAACUACACCAACUUUGACAACUUCGGCUGGUCUUUUCUCGCCAUGUUCCGGGUCAUGACUCAGGACUCCUGGGAGAAGCUGUACCGACAGAUCCUUCGGACCUCUGGCAUCUACUUCGUCUUCUUCUUUGUGGUGGUCAUCUUCCUGGGUUCUUUCUACCUGCUCAACUUAACGCUGGCCGUUGUCACCAUGGCGUAUGAAGAGCAGAACAGGAACGUGGCUGCAGAGACAGAGGCCAAGGAAAAGAUGUUUCAAGAAGCCCAGCAGCUGUUAAGGGAGGAGAAAGAGGCUCUGGUUGCCAUGGGGAUUGACAGAAGUUCGCUUAAUUCCCUUCAAGCAUCGUCCUUUUCCCCAAAGAAGAAAAAAUUUUUUAGUAGUAAGACAAGAAAGUCCUUCUUUAUGAGAAGGUCUAAGAGGGACCGGGCCUCGGCGUCAGAGUCCGAGGAUGAUUCCGCUAAAAACCCACAACUCCUUGAGCAAACCAAACGACUGUCCCAGAAUUUGCCCCUGGACCUCUUUGAUGAGCACAUAGACCCCUUCCACCGGCAGAGGGCGCUGAGUGCCGUCAGCAUCUUGACCAUCACCAUGCAAGAACAAGAAAAAUCCCAGGAGCCUUGUCUCCCAUGUGGGAAAAACUUGGCAUCCAAGUACCUAGUGUGGGACUGUAGCCCUCAGUGGCUGUGCAUCAAGAAGGUCCUGCGGACCGUGAUGACGGACCCCUUCACUGAGCUUGCUAUCACCAUCUGCAUCAUUGUCAAUACCGUCUUCCUGGCCAUGGAGCAUCACGACAUGGACGACACGUUUAUAAAUCUACUAAAAAUAGGAAACUGGGUUUUCACUGGAAUUUUCGUAGCGGAAAUGUGUCUAAAGAUCAUCGCGCUGGACCCGUACCACUAUUUCCGCCAUGGCUGGAACGUCUUCGACAGCAUCGUCGCCCUUCUGAGUCUCGCUGACGUCCUUUACACCAACCUGUCCGAUAAGAACAGCCGCUCGAAUCGCUCCUUCUUGGCUUCCUUCAGGGUGCUGAGGGUCUUCAAGUUGGCCAAAUCCUGGCCCACUUUAAACACUCUCAUUAAGAUCAUUGGCCACUCCGUGGGUGCGCUCGGAAACCUGACCGUGGUCCUGACCAUUGUGGUCUUCAUUUUCUCCGUGGUUGGCAUGCAGCUUUUCGGCACCAAGUUCAACAAGACCGUCUCUACCGGCCAGGAGCGGCGUUGGCACAUGGGCGAUUUCUAUCACUCCUUCCUGGUGGUGUUCCGCAUCCUCUGCGGGGAGUGGAUCGAGAACAUGUGGGAAUGCAUGCAGGGUAUGGACGGCUCUCCGCUGUGCAUCAUUGUCUUCGUGCUGAUCAUGGUGGUGGGAAAGCUCGUGGUGCUUAACCUCUUCAUUGCCUUGCUGCUCAAUUCCUUCAGCAAUGAGGAGAGGGACGGGCACCCCGAAGGAGAGACCAGGAAAACCAAAGUGCAGCUGGCUCUGGAGAGGUUCCGCCGGGCCUUUUCCUUUGUGGGGCACGCUCUUCAGAAUUUCUGUUGUAAGAGAUGUCGGAGGCAAACCUCACCGAAGCCAAAAGAGAUCCCAGGGAGUUUUGAUAGUGAGAGUAAAGACAGUAUUCCCUUGGAUACAAAGCCCUGGAAGGAAUUUGAUGCACAAAUGACUUUGGACUCUGGGCAUGGCAGGCCUCGCUUGGCCCCACUUGCAGAGGAAGAGGAUGACUUUGAAUGUUUUGAUGAAUUCAGAGCCUCACGCAUCUCCCAAGCUGGUGCUGAAGUUCAGAUCUGUGACGUCCCUCUGGAGACCAAGCAGCCCACCAGCCCAGAUGACCAAGGUGUGGACACUGAAGUGUUCUCUGAAGAAGAUCUGCAUCUAGCCAUACAGAGUGCUCGGAAGAAGUCUGACGCGGCAAGCGUGCUCUCAGAAUGCAGCACCAUUGAUCUGAAUAGCUUCAUAAAUUUCCGAAACACGGAUACCCCAAAAAAGCAACCGGAUAGAUGCUUACCCAAAAGCCUCGGCUGCCAUUUUCUAUGUCACAAGAGAAACAAGAGGAAGCCUUGCUGGGUUGUGUGGUGGAAUCUUCGGAAAACCUGCUACCAGAUCGUGAAGCACAGUUGGUUUGAGAGCUUUAUCAUCUUCGUCAUCCUGCUGAGCAGCGGUGCUCUGAUAUUUGAAGACAUCAACAUCUCUACACGGCCCCAUAUCUGGCGAUUGCUAAGGUGUACAGAUAAUAUUUUCACAUUUAUUUUUAUCCUGGAGAUGAUUCUAAAGUGGGUGGCCUUUGGAUUCCGGAGGUAUUUCACCAGUGCCUGGUGCUGGCUCGAUUUCCUCAUUGUAAUCGUGUCUGUGGUCAGUCUCACGAACUCACCAAGCCUGAAGUCCUUCCGGACUCUGCGGGCCCUGAGGCCCCUGCGGGCACUGUCUCAGUUCGAAGGAAUGAAGGUUGUGGUCAACGCCCUCAUCAGCGCCAUACCCGCCAUUCUCAACGUCCUACUGGUCUGCCUCAUUUUCUGGCUCAUAUUUUGCAUCCUGGGAGUAAAUUUUUUUUCUGGGAGGUUUGGAAGGUGCAUUAACGGGACAGACAUCAAUAAAUAUUUCAGUCAUACUGAAAUUCAAAACCGAAGCCAGUGUAGAGAUAGCAAUUUCUCGUGGGAGGUCCCGAAAGUCAACUUCGACAACGUGGGGAAUGCCUACCUCGCUCUGCUGCAGGUGGCAACGUAUAAGGGCUGGCUGGACAUUAUGAACGCUGCUGUGGACUCCAGAGGGAAAGAUGAGCAGCCGGGCUUUGAGGCGAACAGCUUUGCAUAUCUUUACUUCGUGGUUUUUAUCAUCUUUGGCUCCUUCUUCACCCUGAACCUCUUUAUCGGCGUUAUUAUCGACAACUUCAAUCAGCAGCAGAAAAAGAUAAGUGGCCAAGACAUUUUUAUGACAGAAGAACAGAAGAAAUACUAUAACGCAAUGAAAAAGUUAGGAACCAAAAAACCUCAAAAACCCAUCCCAAGACCACUGAACAAAUGUCAAGCCUUUGUGUUCGACCUGGUCACAAGCCAGGUCUUUGACAUCAUCAUUCUGGGUCUUAUUGUCCUAAAUAUGAUUAUCAUGAUGGCUGAAUCUGAAGGCCAGGACCAGCAAGUGAAGAAAAUCUUUGAUAUUCUCAACAUAGCCUUUGUGGCCAUCUUUACCGUAGAGUGUCUCAUCAAAAUCUUUGCUUUGAGGCAAUACUACUUCACCAAUGGCUGGAAUUUAUUUGAUUGUGUGGUCGUGGUUCUUUCUAUCAUUAGUACCCUGGUUUCUGGCUUGGAGAACAGCGACAUUCCUUUCCCACCCACACUCUUCAGAAUCGUCCGCUUGGCGCGGAUUGGCCGAAUCCUCCGACUGGUUCGGGCGGCGCGCGGCAUCAGGACGCUCCUCUUUGCUCUGAUGAUGUCUCUCCCCUCUCUCUUCAACAUCGGCCUGCUGCUCUUUCUGGUCAUGUUCAUUUACGCCAUCUUCGGGAUGAACUGUUUCUCCAAAGUGGAGAAGGGCUCCGGGAUCGAUGACAUCUUCAACUUUGAAACGUUUUCGGGCAGCAUGCUCUGUCUCUUCCAGGUGACCACUUCUGCCGGCUGGGAUGCUCUCCUCAGCCCAAUGAUGGUUUCAAAAGGCUCCAACUCCUCCCAAGACUGCCAGCAGCCACGGAUAGCCAUAAUCUAUUUUGUCAGUUACAUCAUCAUCUCCUUCCUCAUCGUGGUCAACAUGUACAUCGCCGUGAUCCUGGAGAACUUCAAUACGGCCACGGAGGAAAGCGAGGACCCUCUGGGUGAAGAUGACUUUGAUAUCUUCUAUGAGAUCUGGGAGAAGUUUGACCCUGAAGCAACCCAGUUCAUCCAGUACUCGGCUCUCUCUGACUUUGCAGACGCCCUGCCGGAGCCGUUGAGGGUGGCCAAGCCUAACAAGUUUCAGUUUCUAGUGAUGGACUUGCCCAUGGUGACGGGCGAUCGGCUCCACUGCAUGGACGUUCUCUUUGCCUUCACCACUCGGGUGCUCGGGAACUCCAGUGGCUUAGAUACCAUGAAAGCAAUGAUGGAGGAGAAGUUUAUGGAAGCCAAUCCUUUCAGAAAGUUGUAUGAGCCCAUCGUCACCACCACCAAGAGGAAGGAGGAGGAGCUGUGUGCUGCCGUCAUCCAAAGGGCUUACCGAAAACACAUGCAGAAGGUGGUCAGGUUGAAGCUGCAAGACAGGUCAAGCCCAUCCCACCAAAAAUUGUGCAACGGAGACUUGUCUAGCUUGGAUAUGGCCAAGGUCAAGGUUCACUAUGACUGA